AUGACGCCCGAAGAAGCCAGCUCUCUGUUCCAGAAAUUCAUGCAAGCCUCGCCUCGCACGCACGCUCAAUUCGGGGGCUCAGGGCUCGGUCUCUACAUCUCCAGAGAUCUGGCUGAGCUGCACGGCGGACGAAUAGGGCUCAGCACACAGGCAGGAUUCGGCAGCAACUUUGAAUUCUAUAUCAAAGUCCGCCGCGACCAGACAGCGGAGCUUGCAGAGCCACCGCUUGACCUGCAGCACAUGAACAUGGCCUCGCCGGCAAUGCAACAACACGUCGUCCCCACACGGCUGAAGAGCGAAGCUACUCCCGAAAACCAGGCUGCGCACGAACAGUCAUCUUCAGAUUCCAAACCAACCAUACUCAUUGUGGAAGACAACCUGAUCAACCAGCGACUCCUGCGAAGACUAAUCACAAAGAACGGCUACGACACCCUCGCCGCCAACAACGGCGAAGAAGCACUAGGGGCCCUAUCCACAUCGAGCUGGAACCCCUUGCACGCAAAGACCCAUGGCGGCAGCGCGCAAAGACUAGACAUGGUGCUCUGCGACCUCGAGAUGUCCGUCAUGGACGGCAAGACGUGCGUGCGGCGCGUGCGGCAGCUCCAAGGCGCGGGCCACCUGAGCAGCGCGAUCCCCAUGGUGGCCAUCACGGGCAACGCGCGGGCGGAGCAGGUGCAGGAGAUGAAAGCGUGCGGGUUCGACGAGGUCAUCACGAAACCGUAUCAGAUGGGGCAGCUGCUGGCCGUGGUGGGAAAGUACGUGCGACAAACAGCACGACAACCUACACGACAACCUACACGACAAUCUACAUGA